AUGGAUGAUAAUAAAUUAUUACAAAAAUUAUCACAAAAUCUACUCGAUAUUUUAGAUGAUAACGAAUAUUAUGAUAUUACUAUUGAAGUUGGAAAUGAUCCUUACGUAAAAAUAUUUCGUUCACAUAUGGUUAUAUUGAAUUAUCGUUCUUCUUAUUUGCGAAGAAUUUUGUCAACUAAUAAAACGAAAAAUGAUGAAACUUUGGUACACAUUAAAUUACCAAAUAUUUUACCAGAAAUUUUUCAAACAAUUUUAAGAUAUAUUUAUGGCGGAGAACCAUCUUUGAAAAAUUAUGAUAAUUUAGAUAUUAUUAAAAUCAUAGUUGCUGCUAGUGAAUUGAACCUUCAGGAGUUGGUUGCCUAUAUACAAUCUUUUUUGAUUAAUUACAAAACAAACUGGAUGGAACAAAAUUUUAGUUUGGUAUAUCAAACGAGUUUUGAAAAUGAUUCACUCUUAGAACUUCAAGAAUAUUGCACUAAUUUAAUUUCCAAAAACCCAGAUAAGAUAUUCAAAUCAAUAGAUUUCUCUUCAAUUCCAGAAAAAAUUUUAAUAUCACUUAUUAAAAGCGAUAAUCUUCAAAUGGACGAAAUUAAAGUAUGGGAGAAUGUUCUUAAAUGGGGACUUGCCCAAAAUCCUGCGCUUUCUUCAGAUCCCUCUAAUUAUUCAAAAGAUGACUUUAAUUCUUUAAAAAAUACCUUACAACAAUGCAUUCCUUUUAUACGAUUCUAUAAUUUAACUGCUAAAGAAUUUUCAGAUAAUAUUCUACCUUAUAAGGAAGUUUUACCAGAGGAAUUAUUUGUUGAUUUAUUAAAAAGCUUUUUAGAUUUGCAUCCUGAUAGUAAGAUUAAUCAUAAAUCAAAGCCUCGUAUGCCUAAAGAAGGGUUACCGACUUCUGCUGUGACUAUUGAUGAUGAAAGAAAGCAUGUAUCACAACGUAAUGAAACUUCUAAUUUAUGGAAUUAUGCACCUCCUAAGAGUUCACGGGAUAAUGCACUUCCUAAGGGUCCACAUGAGACGCUAAUUUCAAGCAAGCAGAAUAAAGCUGAUUAUGCAUCUCCCAAGGGCUCAUUGGAUAAUGUACUCACCAGUUCAUGGGAAGCACUAAUCUCAGGCAAGCAGAAUAAAGCCUAUCAUGCACCUCCCAAGGGAUCGUGGAGUAAUAAACCAGGUAAUGAACCUAUUAGUUUAUUUGCGCCAGUAGUGCCGCAGUCUGCAGGUGAAUGGAAUGAAGAUCCAGUAACGCCCCAGUCUACAGGUGGAUGGUAUGAAGAGCCAGUAGCGCCGCAGUCUGCAGGUGGAUGGUAUGAAGAGCCAGUAGCGCCUCAGUCUGCAGGUGGAUGGUAUGAAGAGCCAGUAGCGCCUCAGUCUGCAGGUGGAUGGGAUGAAACGUCAGUAAUGACAGCUACAGGAAUGUGGGAUGAAAAUCCAGUAGCGCCGGUUACAUCUUGGGAUGAUGUGGAAACAGUUUAUGGACGGAGUACAGAAAAGGAUGCUCAGAGUAGCACGAUUAUUGAGAAUAGCAUUAGGAAAAGGAAAAAAAACAAAAAAAAGAAAGUAUUUUCAUAUGCAGAUUUGGUGAAAAAAUGACGUAAUUAAUGAAAAAUUUUUCAAGUGUUUUUUUUAUUCUAAAUUUUCCAAUUCUUAUUUACCCAAAACAAUCUUAAACUUAAUUUCUUGUGUGCUGAUUUGACUUCGAGUGAUCAGAUUGUUACAUAAAAAUCAUAUCGCUCUUAUAUAGUAUAAAUAGUAAAAUUUCAAGUGAUUAUUUAAAUGACAAGCUUGUUUUGAAAUGCGACCCAUUUCUAAAUUCAAUUAUUUGUACUUUCAGUAUUAAAAAAUUAAAUUAAUAUAAUGCCGAAGAGUGCUAGAGAAAAGAAUCUUAUUAUUGACAAGUACUGAUUUUACUGUCAUUAAAAUGUAAUUUUUUUUUUUUAUUU